AUGGACAACAAACAUGGCCAGGAGGACGAUGAAGAGAUUCAGAAUGAUGAGACCAGUCAGCAAUGGCUGAUGCGACAGCUUCGGAAACAUCUAGAACAUGUGCCAGAUCAGGUACUCAGAGAGUUUGUUCAUCAACAAGUACGUCUUUUUAACAGAGAAGGAGAUGAACAGUUUAGUAAAGCAAUUAUCGUUUUUAUUUCAUAAAAAUGCCUUUUUUUAUCAAACAAUUGCCAAAUCUAAACAUCAUUCUUGUAUUAUACCUUGUCAAAGAAACAACUUUUGCCGUUACAAGUCACUAAAACAACAGCAUUUUAUGCCAUCCUUGAGUGAGCCAUUAAAACUCCCAGCUGAUCGUAUUUUACGAUUCUAUUUUAUUGUUUUUUGUUAAUUAAUUUCCGUAGCGGACUUCACGCUCCUCAAGUAUGACGUUGAUGGGUUGUGACAUAUCAGCGGCGAUCUCUUUCAGGACAUAACACCCCUCCGAAACUUUAUGACCGGCACUAGACAACGUCGCUGUCUCUUCAUUCAAAUCGAGGAGAUAGUAACCACGGCUGUAGACCAUAAGUUCUUCGACCAGAACCCCUUAACGGAGGUGGAGAAGGAUGAGAAGCCGAUCGAAGAGCAACUGUCACAACUCGAGGUGGAUCAACACAUAGAACAAGAGCUGACUGACAUGCAGACCAGAAAGAAAUCUGUCUUAUCAACAAACAAGAGAAGUAAACUUAAAUGUUGGUUUAAAGCAGUAACCUUAUAUCACAAUACAGUAAGCUUUCAGAAAUGAAGCGAUUCAACAGCAAGAAAUCAAAGAAGAUCCAGGAGAAAGAAACACAGCUUAAACCCUUGAAAGUACCAGAAAAACCUGUCCCGGCCCCGAAUCCGACCAUAGAAGCACCACCAGUGCCAGUCCAGUCAGAUGGACCAGAGUUCCUCAAAGCUCACACUUCCUAUGUUCUCAAAUGGUACGACGAGGAAAAUGUACCAGAGAGUAAAUUCGUGUUUAUGGCUACCAGAGACGAGAUUUUAAGUGGUACCAAAAGCGAGUUUGACAAAAUGUUUGUGACGGGUUACUGUAAAGACUUGUUCAAGUACGGUAAAGCCAUAGAGAUCGGUAGGCUAGAAUAAAACUUAUUUUCAGAGUAACUUAACCUAAACGUAUGUAAAAAUAUACUUUUAGGCAAACUCUUACUGAAAAACAUAACAUUUGAGCACAAGAUGAACCUAGUAAUGCAACUGGAAACCAAUCAGACCAAAAUGGAAAAGUGGCAAGACCCUGAAGGCAGAUUCGAGAACUUCAUUUUAGAAUCUCUGGUCAACGCUUUCCAGUCCUCGCUACAGAGAAUGAACACAGAAUCCAUGUUAGACCCAUCUGAACUUGACGUUGAAUCCAUAGAAACCUUGCUCAAGUCACGGGUCAAACUAUUCGCAUUGGCUCCGGUAAACUACCCAAUAAAGGUCAAGUUGUAGUAGGAAUGCUGUAGAAACAUAGCCUCAAUGAUAUAUGUUUCCCCUUGUUUCAUAAAUGUGACAUAAAUCACCUAAAGCUAACAAAAAACCUUCCCUUCCAGUCAAAAGAAGGCCUGACCCAACUCAAGUUCGAGCUCUCACUGCUCGAGAUGAAGUACAUCAGCAACGAGAUGUUCGAGGAAAGUGUGGUCGGCAGAAUCGACCGGUCUUCCUCCCUUCUCUCCAUGUUGUUCAUGUUAUACAGAGACAAUUCGCGAGAAUGGAUCCAGAAGACCCUGUUCCAUUGCAUCGAACUGACAGCACGUACCAUCGCCACCAACAUUCAUCAACGUGUCUGGAACCUGGUUCACGAAGACAACCCUCAAUGUGACAGAAAGAUCAGCAACGUUUCAGACGAAACUCAUGUCAACAUCAUUUACAACAUCCAACCUCUUCUAGUCAAACUGCUAAACUUGGGAUUCACGGUACUUAAUGAAGGUAGUGAUGAAUAUAUCUGUCUUCAGAAGAUUGAACAAUGUAUCAAGAUCGUGAAUUAUAUACAGGAAGAACUGGAGGUAAAAUGCAACAAAAAGUAAUAAUAAAUUACUUUAGGUAUUCAAAGACAUCUAUGUAGACCUAAAGAACCCAGUUCGAGACUUGACUUUCGACAGAACAGCCUUGGACAAGGUUCAACAGAUUGUCACGGCUUUGUGGCAUUCGUUUGAAGAAGUAAGCUUCAACGUCUUUCAGCAGUAAAAUAUGUUUAUUUUAGAGUUACUUUGAAUCCUCACUAGAAAGCGGUAACUACGACUCCAUGAAGAACGUGUGCCUCACGAUGGUUCAGCUGAUUUCAGAAAUGAAGGAGAUUAUGCCUAAAGUCGACUCUUUUUGCCAAAAUAAAUUUAACUAA